AUGGUUUCCUCACCAGAUCUCAACGAUCGUGACAAUCAAAAGGCCUCAAAUUCCUCACGCAAGCGGCCAAGCGAAGCAUCACUGGAGACACCGCCUUCUCCCAAACGACGCAAGCCGCACUAUCCAUCAACGAUCCCCUCGAGAUUUUGGGACAACUUGUCAGAAGUGCCGCUCACGCGGAACGCACUGCGAGAACUAGACAGGAGACAGGAGCAGAGGGAGAGAGCCUCGCACGACGCAGAACAGGAUCAACCGCGCGUCUUAAGGCUUACACGAAGCACACGACGCUCGCUCGUAGAAGAGAAUUACCGCCAACAGUCUGCUGACCAGCUCCUUGGCCAGUUUUCGCCAGCCUGUUUGAAGGAAGUCAGACGGUUCUCAAGCCACGGAGGUCCAGACCUAAGUGAUCUGAUAGGGACCAAUCCCAGCCAGAAGAGCCCUGUGACAAGGAAAAAGUCCGUACACAAUAGCAGGGCGUCGCCGUAUUCCUUGAGAAGCACAAGGGAAACCACGCUCACAUCGGCUCGUACAAAAAGCACCGGUCCGUAUGAUCGUGCAUUCCAGCAACAUCUCAUCGACCACCGUGUCUAUCCUUACGGAUAUCAGGAUCUGGAUGGGGAGUUGCAGCCGAGACCUGAGAACAUGAAUGACAUCUCUCGAGAAUUAGCUCGACCUAGGGCGUCUCUGUCUCCAUCCAGAUUUUCGAACGAGGACUUCCACAAAUUCCAGAUGGCUGAUAUAAAUGCGGUCAGAGAGACGCAGGUCAUGUCAAAUGUUAUCCCAAAGAUUGAAGGAGAUACCAAGGACUAUCGAAGCGUCGCUGGAGAAAUCCCGUUCACAAAUCUGGAGCAUUUGACCGAUGGCACUAUCAAGCCAGGCAACCCUGAUCUGUAUCAUGGCGCACGUCCGGAACAGCUCAACAGAGAGGUCCGCAGUGUGCUCAACCAUCAGAUAGUCCCUUGCACCCAGCAUGAUCUGCCAGCCGUGCCAAACUUUUUCCUCCAGGUCAAAGGUCCCUGGGGACAACCAGCAGUUGCCUAUCGACAGAUGUGCUACGACGGCGCGCUAGGAGCUAGAGGAAUUCAAAGCCUUCAGUCUUAUGGAGAGACAGAGAAAGUGUAUGACAACAAGGCUUAUACCCUCACAUCUAUGUACCAGGACGGCCAACUAAAGAUGUACACCAGCCAUCCUAUUCCUCCUUCUACUGAGGGCGGGCAGCCGAGCUUUUCCACAAGCCAAGUCGGGACCUGGGCGCUAACUGGUACUCCGGAGGCCUUUCGACAGGGCGCUGCUGCGUACAGGAACGGCAGGGACUGGGCGAAGCGCCAAAGAAAUGACGCUAUCAAGAAAGCAAAUGAGAGAGCAAGUCGGGCAGGCCAGGCAGACGACGGGGGAAGCCAAGUGCCCGUGUCUGCCCAAGACGUCGGUGUGAAACUGGAAUUCACAAGCCAGAUAUCUGUUAGUAAUACAACUGCCGACGGUCUCACUGGCCUGCCGAUGCCUGUAUCUCAAGAUCUACUCUCAUUCGAGCAUGAUGUCUCCGCAGAUGAGCCGUCGCCAGGUCUUCAUCAACUAAACGCUGUGGCUGGCAGUCAUACUGCGGAUAGCCCAAGCCUGCUCAGCCAGGAGAAGCUCACUCAGGCAGUUUAG